UAAAAUCUAUUCAAAUUUGUUUUAAUAAUAAUAGCCAGACGUCGGAGGCGUGUAUAUGACUAAAACAGAAUUCAAAGCACUUCCAGUCGUCGACAAAGUAUCUAAUGUUGAGAGUUUGGACACAAACGUUGAUCCACAAGAAGUUAACACACCGACGGAAACGAUCGCUAAAUUUGAAUACCAUAUCGUUUAUAGUAUUAGUUAUUCCGUUCCUGUGCUGUACUUUACGGUCACUAAAACAGAUGGUUCAUUAGUUAGAAUUGAAGACAUUUGGAAGUGGAUUCCAAAGAGUAUUUACACACCGAAACAGACAAGUGAUGCUUCGGUUGUGGAUAUGACCGACGAAUCAGCACUUUAUCGCAAAUAUGGAUCAAUGCUAACACAAAUGAAUAAUCUUUCACUUACUUUCAAUGAACAGUAUUAG